GGCCCCCGCACCCGCCCCCCCCCUCCGCCUCCGCCCCCCGGGUCGGGCCUGGGGGGGGCCCCGGUGCCCACCGCCCCCCCGAGGAGCUGGAGGAGGAGGCCGGGCUGGGAGAGGGGGACCCCGGAGACCCCGCCAUCGAGGACCCGGAGCUGGAGGCCAUCAAAGCCCGUGUGCGGGAGAUGGAGGAGGAGGCGGAGAAGCUGAAGGAGUUGCAGAACGAGGUGGAGAAGCAGAUGAACAUGAGCCCCCCGCCUGGCAAUGCUGGACCAGUCAUAAUGUCCCUAGAGGAAAAGAUGGAGGCAGACGCUCGAUCCAUAUACGUGGGUAAUGUGGAUUAUGGGGCGACGGCUGAAGAGUUAGAGGCUCAUUUCCACGGCUGCGGGUCUGUCAACCGCGUCACCAUCCUGUGUGAUAAAUACAGUGGGCACCCCAAAGGGUUCGCCUACAUCGAGUUCUCCGACAAGGAGUCUGUGCGCACCUCCAUGGCGCUAGAUGAAUCCCUGUUCAGGGGGCGACAGAUCAAGGUGAUCCCCAAGCGGACCAACCGGCCCGGCAUCAGCACCACAGACCGGGGCUUUCCCCGGGCCCGGUACCGAGGGCGCGGUUCUGGCUACACCAGCUCCCGGGCCCGGUUCUACAGUGGAUUCAGCAGCCGAGCCCGCGGACGCUCAUACAGGGGCCGGGCGAGAGCAACCUCAUGGUAUUCCCCUUACUAAAAAAGUGUUUUUUGGGAAAGAAAAAGAAAAAAAAAAAAAAAGAGAAGAAUGUGACAGUGUUGCAGCAGCCCCGUGGGGCCGCGGCGGGGGCGGGGGCUGGCUCGCUGAGCACAGGGCACUCCUCCUCUCUGUCCUUCUUCGCUCCCCCUUUUCCCGCCAUCCCUCCGAGGGCGGCCCGCUUCCUUCCCGCUUUCUGCGCCCGGCCCCUCACUUCUCCGCCUUGGGCAGGCGGCGCUUCACUCCUCCCUUCCCCCGUCUCGUCCCUGUCCCGCCCCCCGGCGGGUGGGCCCUGGCCCUGGCGCUGCCCCUGCCCGGCUCUCUCCUCUCCUCCGCUGCCCCUGUCCCCUUCCCUCCGUCCGGGCUGGGGCUGUUACCUGCCGUAUUUCAGUGUCUUUAUCUUUGCAGGUGGCUUUAGCCUGAAGGAAUUGUCGAGCCGCACGGAGCUCUUGCGACCAGAUUAACUAUUUUGGGGGAGGGGGGCGGAGCAGGGAUUGGGGGGGCCUUUCCCCUCCCCCCUUUAUUUUAAUUUCCAG